AUGCGAGCUUUUCUGUCCGAUACAGUGAGACGGGAGGAUGCCAAAGAUCCUGAGAAGAGGACGUCCAACAUUAUGAGAGAACGCGUGUUCUCCUUGACUUAUCUCAUCGAGUGCUUGAUUUCAAGAGGUGCCGUGGUCAAGGAUCAGCUGUUGCUGGACAAAGCUGUUUGGAUUGAUUUCCUCCAUGUUCUCCAUUAUUGUUAUAUCGAUGCGAGAGACGUAAGUUUUUUCUUCUUUAUCAAUAUAUUUUUUCUAGUUUUCAUUUGA